AGAAGCUUCCAGCUCUCCUCUCUGAGUCUCCGCCGUCACUCAGAACAAAUCACGAUCCACCCAACAUGGCAUUUCUUCAGCAGUUUGCCAGCCAGGGGUCCUGUGUGUGUGGGCUCGAUGACCUGGCUGUCCAGGGCACAGUGAAGCCUGCUCCUCAGUUCAGCGCCAGUGGAGAUGCCGAAGUGCUGGACAAAGCCAUCAAGGUUAAAGGCGUGGAUGAGGUCACCAUCAUUGAAGUACUGGCAAAGAGAAGCAAUCAGCAGCGGCAGCAGAUCAAAGCCGCCUAUCAGCAGGCUGCCGGAAAGCCUCUGGAUGCAGCUCUGAAAUCUGCUCUAAGUGCUGAGCUGGAGGAUGUGGUUCUGGCCUUGCUGAGGACUCCUGCCCAGUACGACGCCCAGCAGCUCAAAGUGGCCAUGAAGGGAUUGGGCACAGAUGAGGACACCCUGGUUGAGAUUCUGGCCUCCAGAACCAACAGUCAGAUCAGAGAACUUAAAAAGGCCUACAAGGAUGAGUUCAAAAAGGAGCUGGAGGAUGACAUAAAGUCUGACACAAAUGGAGAUUUUAGGAAUGCGCUUCUGGCUCUCUGCAAGGCUGCCAGGAGUGAAGAAAGAGAGGCAAAUGAGGAACAGGCAGACAAGGAUGCCAAGGCACUGUAUGAGGCAGGAGAAAAGAGGAAAGGCACAGACUGCACUGUGUUCAUUGACAUCCUGACCAGCAGGAGUGCUGCUCAGCUCAGGAAAGUGUUUCAGCUGUAUUCCAAGUACAGCAAAGUGGAUGUGGCCAAAGCGGUCGACCUGGAGCUGAAGGGAGACAUUGAGAAUCUUUUGGUUGCUGUUGUGAAGUGUGCUGGAAGCAAACCUGCCUACUUUGCUGAAAAACUCAACCUGGCAAUGAAGGGCUCUGGUUACAAAGGAAAGAUCCUGACCCGUAUCUUGGUGAGUCGCUCUGAGGUGGAUUUGGUGCAGAUCAAACAGGAAUACAAGAAGAAGUACGGCAAGACUCUCUACAAGGACAUUCUGGAUGACACCAAAGGAGACUACGAGAAGAUCCUGCUGACCUUGGUCGGAAGCGAUGAGUAAAGAUCUGCAUUCUCGCUUUCUGUCCUCAACGAAGAUGGAAGAGAGUCAAUCUCUGCAUAAUUGCUCCUACAAACUUGAGAUGAACAAGGAAAGCCUUUUGAAAUGAAUAAAUCUUUUUUUUCAGUGCCA